GAAGUGUUAAAAGGAUAAAAAAAAUAAGGAAGUAAGCAAAAAGAAACAGAAAUUUCUCUACCACAGUACAAACUCCUACACAUGCUGUACUUCCCAUACUUAGCUAUGAAAAGGAAGUGCUGCAUGCAUGAAUAUACAUUUUGUACUGUGAUGCCAAAGAGUGCCUUUUAAAUAGACUCUAUACAGGUAAUUGGAGCUGCUAGAUUGUUGCUGUUUCUUCUUCCAGUGCUCUAAACUGAGGAUUUCAAACAUUGAAAAAGUGAGGUUAGCCAUUUUUGAAAAGGCAAGGGGUGUGUGUGUAUGCAACAUGUCUUUUUAGCAUCUUUCAUGGGUGUGUUUGUUUUUUACAGUUUUGUUUCUCUUCCUGCUUUUUCAAAGAAGAGUUUAAAAAUAAACCAGCCAGUAGCAGCAAUAUUUAAAAUUAACAAUACACCCAGCAGUCAGAAUUAAAAUCAACAUUCUACAGGCCUGGCAGAACAAAAAACUAUUUACCUUUGUUCUAACAUUCCUUAUGGAUUGUAUCUUGCAGGCUUUCUUUCAGAAGGGAGUUUUAUAAGCAGUGUGCCAGGACAGAAAAAAAACCAUGGGCCUAAUCUCGGGUGGAGAGGGCCCAUGGAGAAGGAGGUAGUCCUCUUUUAGAUCAGGAGGCAUAUGGAGUAAGACUUGCCAAAUUAGCUCAGGUUGCAGAGAGUGUGGAGGUUUAUAUGCAAAUCACAUAAUAAUAUCAUGAACUCCAGUUUGCGAGUUGCAUGAACUAUUUCUACACUGCUAAGGCCUUCUCUCCUAUAACUGAGUUACGAAGAUUUGUAUAGGAGCUGGAGGCCUGCAUUAAAGGGAAGGUAAGCAGGGAAUGAGAUACCAAGGAUGUAGUGAUGAGCGAAAGACCAGGGGCUUUCCUCUGGCAUGUCAGGAUUUUUCUGUGUUCUCAUGAAAAAUCCCAAGAGUUCAGAAAGAUGUCACCAAACCACCACCAGUUACUACGUUCCUGCAAGUUUCAAAGCUAUUGCCGCCAUCCCGGUAACAUGCUUUCUCCCCUUACCUUGCCGUUGGCAGUGGUUUGGAAGCAGUGGCAUCACAGGAAGCAAAAGGGAGCCCUUUUCCCCCAGGCUCCCUCCAUCAUUUUCAGCCGCACAGACUUAAGACAUUCUAUGGCUAGGAACAUGGCUAGUUCCCUUCAAGAACUCCUAUAUGGCAUUGUAGUUCUCUUCAAGAGCUGCUGCAGCUACCAUGAUGCUGCUUCAAGCCUUGGCAGUAUUUUAAAUGGAGUGACCAAAAAGGGAGAAAUAAAGAGUUAUUUGUUCCAGCAUGCAGACUUUGGCCCAGACUUUUAUAUCAUUGUCCGCAUGUUUUCAAGCUUCUCUCCAUAGUUAUGAAGACUGUGACAUGUCUCUCCUUUAAAAAUGAAAGCUGAAUUCUAAUAUCUGUUAUUGAAAUUCUCUCAUUCUUCACAAAUUGUCUUUUACUUCUAGUAAAAGAAGAUGAAUGUGAUUCUGAUGCAGAAAAUGAACAAAAUCAUGACCCUAAUGUUGAAGAAUUUCUGCAACAAGACGAUACAGCAGUUAUCUACCCUGAAGCACCUGAGGAGGAUCAAAGACAAGGAACACCAGAAGCCAGUGGCCAGGAUGAAAAUGGUUAAUAUUACUUCUGUUUUCUGUAAUUUGUAAAAUGGUGUUAUUGGAAGCAAGCGCUGUAUACGUUGGCUUCCAUUUUGAAAUAAAAAGUAUGAAUGAUGGCGUUUCUACAGAAAAAAACCAUAGGCUUUAAAAUGCAGUCAAAAUCCAAAAUAUAACCUUUGUGUUAAAAUUUUAUUUAUCAUUAGGAUAUCCUGUGUGUUUCUCAUAUUCUCCAUAUAUUAAUACUGUUAUAAUUCAAAUCUGAUUUACUUACUAGUCAUUAGGGUUAAGCUAAAUGCCACUGUAACUGACAUAUAUUUACAGGGGCAGGACUGGUCCUCUCAGGCAUUAUUGUUGAAAUGUUUGUUUAGUGCCAGUACUGUGCAGGGUGUAAGAAACUGCAGGGUUUCAAUAGGGAGCAUGGACUUAAAAGCAGUGGUGGAAAGAGUAACGGUUGCAUAGGGCAGAAUAAGGUGGAAGUGGCCCUACAAGCCGAUGCUGGUGAGAAGGAUCUUUGCUGAAAAGUAGGAAUUGAAAGAGCAAUGCCCAAUGUGGAAAAUAGAACAGCCUCUCCCAUCUGCACUUCCUCUUUCCCCCUUUUUCAUGUCCUCCUUAAGACCAAAUCAUAUGCAAUACUGGAGAACCUUUAAUUUUUUCUUUUAACGCAGCCACAGGAAGGCAUCCAAAGUUAAUCGGAGUGUGGCACUGGGAAGGGAGUGUUUCCCCACACCAUUUUCUUGACUGAACUAGCUCCUGUGGAGCUCAUUUUUUAAGAAAGGAAACACACACACACACUCACACAGUGCAGCAGUUUCAGGGAGUUAAAAGUUAUGAGGAGAAAGAGGAGAAGGAGAAGAAGAAGAAGAAGAGUUUUGGAUUUGAUAUCCCACUUUAUCACUCCCCUUCAGGAGUCUCAAAGCGGCUAACAUUCUCCUUUCCCUUCCUCCCCCACAACAAACACUCUGUGAGGUGAGUGGGGCUGAGAGACUUCAGAGAAGUGUGACUGGCCCAAGGUCACGCAGCAACUGCAUGUGGAGGAGUGGAGACGCAAACCCCGUUCACCAGAUUACGAGUCUAUCGCUCUUAACCACUACACCACACUGGCUGAGGGCAGGUAACCCCCUGUAUUUAAAAAGGGCAGGCAGAAGACGAGCCCUAAUCACCCCACUGAACACGCACACACACAAAUCCACCCAUCCCAAACAUCCACCAAGGAAAAAGCAAAACACACAUCGAAUCUUCCAAACUUACAAGUCAGCGGUAGGGUCCCCCUUCUUUUUCUUUCCUGAAAGCGUUUUUGCUGGUGUCUGCAAGCUGAAGCACGGGCUCUUCCUUUUCUAUGAAAAUGUGUCUGGCCCUACCUAGGGCUCUGGGGCAUUUUGAGGAAAAGGAAGGGAAGAGCGUUGGGCAGGUGGAGGCCUGCUCUUCUCUGUCUAGCACAUUGGAAGGUGUGGAGGGGCUCAGCCACCAUGAAUGAUGUCUGGAGGCAUUGUGAUGCCCAAGGCUACUGUACUGGGUACUCCAGGGCUAAAUACUUCCUCAAAUGCCACGGUUCUGAUCAAAAUCAGAGCUCCCUGUCCCCAUGGCUUCUUUUAAGGGCUGGGGACUGGGGAAGUCAAGUAAUCUGAUCUCAGAUUUCCACUAUGUCUCAUUGUAAUCCUUUGGAUAAGGUCCCUGCCAAACUAUACUUUACGGUGUCUAUUGUAUGGGUCAUUCCAUAUCAAGUGAUCCAACUUUUUUACCUCAUGUCAUCCAAUUUUCUCAAUAUUUUGUACACUUGUUGAAUGAUCAAAACUAAGCUUAAAUGGAAAAUUUUAAUUUUUCAUCUCAUCCUGUUUUUGAGUUCAAUUUUUUGAAAUUUCAAACCCUCAUAAGUCAAAAACGGGAUGAGAUGAAAAAUGAAAAAUUUAGAUUUAAAUUUGGUUUUGAUCAUUCAACAAGUGUACACAAUAUUAAGAAAAUUGGAUGACAUGAGGUAAAAAAGUUGGAUCACUUGAUAUUGAAUGAACCAUAUAUUAAAUGCUUUUGAAAUUUUAUGUGAUGUUAAUUUACAGCAGUAAAUUCCAAAUUAAAAGGAAGUGCCUUUUUAUGGCACUCCAUAAAAAAACCUUAGUAUUAACCACUGUGAAAUAUCUUCAAAAUAAAACUACUUUUUAAAGGGUUGGCUAGCUUUACUAGUAUUAGUAGCCAGUUUGUAUUCUUUUAUAAAGAAAUUAUAAGUGUUCGGUAAAACCCCCACAAAGUUAUUGUGAGUUGUUGUUCUUGUUGUUUAGUCGUGUCCGACUCUUCGUGACCCCAUGGACCAGAGCACGCCAGGCACGUCUGUCUUCCACUGCCUCCCACAGUUUGGUCAGACUCAUGUUUGUAGCUUCGAGAACACUGUCCAACCAUCUCAUCCUCUGUCAUCCCCUUCUCCUUGUGCCCUCCAUCUUUCCCAACAUCAGGGUCUUUUCCAGGGAGUCUUCUCUUCUCAUGAGGUGGCCAAAGUAUUGGAACCUCAGCUUCACGAUCUAUCCUUCCAGUGAGCACUCAGGGCUAAUUUCCUUAAGAAUGGAUGCGUUUGAUCUUCUUGCAGUCCAUGAGACUCUCAAGAGUCUCCUCCAGCACCAUAAUUCAAAAGCAUCAAUUCUUCGGCGAUCAGCCUUCUUUAUGGUCCAGCUCUCACUUCCAUACAUCACUACUGGGAAAAGUAGCCAGUGAGUUAGCCCUGAUCAAAAUAUGAAAAUGAACAGUUGAAGAGCUAUGGUGAGUGACUUGGAAGCUUUUAGUCAGUUUUUAAAGGAACUCAGAGUGAUCCUGUACCCAUGUACCUGGGAGUAAGCAUCAUUAAAGUAAUAGGACUUCUGACUGGAUAUGUACAAAAUAGCACUUGUGGUAUAGUAGGGUAUGCGUCAGUGUGGGUGUAGAAUUUCCUUUCCCAUUGCUAUUGGGUCAUUUCACCAUUCAUCAAGGCUAUCCUAAGAAAUUCAGAACUUGUUAGAUAUCUAUUUACAAUUUAUAUCCUUAAAGAAAGAGUCAGGGCAGUGCAAGCAGGCAUCCACCUACACAACAGGGCUUUUCCUUCCCCCGUGCAGUCCCAAAUCUGCUCUUCAGGUUGAGGUGUAUGUUGAACUGGAGGGAGGGGAGAAAAACCAAGAGUCCCAUUGUGCAAGUGGAUUUUCAUGUGGACGGUUUUGGAUGUUGCCCUAAAUGUACUGAUUCACUAUGCUGCAACAAUUAGUCCCCUAAAAUGUUUCCUUAUUCUUCUUCAGGCACGCCAGAUGCAUUUUCCCAGCUGCUUACAUGCCCUUACUGUGACAGAGGGUACAAACGCUUUACCUCUCUGAAAGAACACAUUAAAUAUCGCCAUGAAAAAAAUGAAGAUAACUUUAGUUGCUCCUUAUGCAGUUACACGUUUGCAUAUAGAACACAACUUGAACGCCAUAUGACAUCACAUAAAUCAGGAAGAGAUCAAGUAAGUGAUAAAGUUCACAUCCAAUGCACUGUUUGAAACUUAAACGAUUUUGGUAUUGUGUUCAUUUGAGUAUACUUGCAUAUAUAAGUGUGUUUAGAGUAUACUUGCCUUGAUAUAUGUUCAACAAUGUGCUAUUAGAAUAACAGGAGCAAUGUGAUGUGCUCUUCUGAUAGUUCUAUCAAUGUAAAAAUUUCAGCUUGCCCAAUGGGACGGUCUCCUCUUCUGCCCUUAUGCACUGUUGUGGUGUUUCUCCAUAUCCCCAGAGCCAACUGGAGAGCAACGCAAAGGAAGGAAAGCAGGGAGUCCUGUUGCCCUAUAGCAGGACCCAUUGCACUGGCUCCCGUUAACACACCUACUUAGCUGAAUCCAGACGCUAACAGCUUUUAGCAAAGCAUUUUUACCAGGGCAUUUUGUAUUGGCUGCAUGACUGGGCUAAGAUGAUUUUGUUAGAAUCCAUAGGUGAAAAUAACACUAAUAUCUUAUGUUUAUUUUCUCUUGCUCAUUUCUGGAUUCUGUUGCUGAACAAAAGCCUCAGGGCUUCGUAUAGAGAAUUAUCGGUAUACUAGUCACAGAUAAGAAGAGAGGGCAGGUGAUGUGAUAACUUUUGUUAAACCAAGUUCUGUAGGGGAAAGGUGUUGAUAGUUACAGAAGGGAAAGACUUACAGAAAUAUCUCCACUAAUAAAGCUGUGAAAUGAUACCACCCAUGAUGUAGAGCAGUGAAGCACGUUGUAAAACUAAAAUCAUGAGAGAUGAGUAACCUGGGGCCAUCGCUGCUCCUGACACCAUGCAGAUGCCGCUACAGCAAUUGCACGAGUGAUUGCAGAUUGUUGUAUAGAUAUCACACCUCAGAGAUGUUCUGGCAGGCAGCCAAUAUACAAACAAUGCACAGUGUCUUGAAAAUAAUGUGGUCAGCCGCCAACAACUGGUCAACAUAAAACAGAUAAUAUUUUUUAUUUAUUAAAAGAUGAAUAUCUGGUUUUCAGAGCAACUCCCACCCCCUCCCAAGGCUACUAUGCUGCAUUCUAACAUUUCUACUGGACAUUUCCCCUCUUAAGACUAAUGGUUUAGGGCAACCGCAUAAUAUGUUUGAGAAAAACAGUAACUUGUGGGCAAGAAAAUUCAAACCUGUCAGCUGCCCUGUGAUCCUCAGAUGAAUGGCAGUAAAUAUUUAGUAAAUUAAAUAGAUAAAUAAAUAAACUACUCAUUUUUAUUGGUUCAGUGUGGUUUGUUCUACGUUUGGAAGCAACCAAAAUAUGUGAACUUUGCAUAUUUCUUAGACAGGUUUGUGGCUAGUAACUUCUGCUUCAAAUAUCAUAUUUACAUAAACAAGAAUAUACAUAUAUUCCUAUAAAUAUUUCUAUAUAUUCCUAAAGAGAUAGAUAGAUAGAUAGAUAGAUAGAUAGAUAGAUAGAUUCUUAUUGGUUGCACAUUUGUAACAUAGUUUCACUUGCAUUUUCCUGAUUCAUAAAGUAGGUGUUCCAAAAUUUCUUCCAAGUCCAUUAUCCUUGACGUUGGAAACCUGACAAAAUGCUUUCUUGUCAUGAAUCUCUGACAAAGUGAUCCCAAGAAACCUUUUCAAGAACAUGGCAUUCUAACAAGGGUGACUUGCCAAGAAUGACUUUGCUAUUUAUUAUGAUUCCUUCUCAUUUAUUUAUAGCAAUUGCCAGUAAGAGUUGGAAUGUAUAUAUGAAAUACAACUGAGUUGCUAAAUCACUUAUACCGUAUUUUUCGCCCUAUAGGACGCACUUUUUCCCCUCCAAAAAUGAAGGGGAAAUGUGUGUGCGUCCUAUAGGGCGAAUGCAGGCUUUCGCUGAAGCCUGGAGAGCGAGAGGCGUCGGUGUGCACCGACCCCUCUCGCUCUCCAGGAUUCAGGAAGCUAUCCGCAAGCCUGGUCCAGCCGGAUGCGCAAGGCUUGGGGCGGCAGCCUGAAGCACGGGGCAAGCUGCGGAGCCCGCCCCGUGCUUCGGGCAGAUGUCGGCAAGCUUCGCAUGCCCUGCAGGAGGUCCCGCCGGGCGCGCAAGGCUUGCAGGCAGCAGCCUUUUCUGGGGGCUGGGGUCGGGGGAAGCUCGAGCUUCCCCCGCGCCUGGGAGGGAAAUAAUUUUUUUUUUCUUUAUUUCCCCCCCCCAAAAAAAACUAGGUGCGUCCUAUGGGGCGGUGCGUCCUAUGGGGCGAAAAAUAUGGUAAGUUAUGAGCCUUUAUCGUCUAGAAGCCAGCUUGCAUUUUAUCUGCAAUUUGCAGAAUUACUGUAUUGCUUAUUUACAUUGCAUGGCCUGCCAAGUGCUCCUGUUUGGGGACUGAGUACCAGAUAUAUAUAUGCAGCCGUUGUGACUUGUGUGAGUCACAAUGACUUGUGACAUGAAAACAAGUCUUCCAUGUCUACGUUGUUCACGUGGUGCAGAGGCCUCCCUGGGUGCUCUGCCUUAUAUAUUGUUAACUCAGUGGCAGCUUCAAUGUGCUCCAGGUGUGAUCACCUGGGGACCACUAUGUAUAAAGUGGCCCUCAGCAUGGAAGAAAUGUGCAUAGAUGGAACAGCUACCUAGAGACCAGAAACACUGCUUCUCAUUAGCUCCAAGUUCUUAUUGCGCAUGUUUUCCCUGUCUAAAAAGUAUAAGAGUGGUUUUAAAAAAAGUAUAAGGACAGAAUGUCUCUUCCAUGCCCUUAAGAAUUUAAGUUUCAUAGUCACGGCAGUGUUUGAUUUAGUGUUGGGCAAAAUGCCUUUCACACACACACUUCACUAUUUUGUUCUUGGGCUGGAUUUGGGAGUGGCAAUGUGUUGAGGUGGGGCAGAUUUACUGCUGCUGGUGAUUCCUGGUUCUCUUGGGCAUCCCACAGUACUCCAGAAGGAAGACAUCUGAAGCCACAUGAUGUCAGAGUGAGAGUUAUACUUCCUGUCCUCACUCUGCAGUCUUAUGAGUUUAUACAGAAAAAUGCCACCCAGCAACAGCUGAAAAUGUGAUUGUCAUCAUGGGCAGGACCAUGAAUUGAGUGGUGAAUUGAGCAGGGGGGUGGGCAACGGAGUUGUUUUCUUGCACACAUACCCCAAACCCCCACUUUUGGGCUGAAAGGUUUCUUUUAAAACAACUUUUGGACUCAGCAGAGGCCUCUUUGUAAGAUACACAUAAUGCCCUAUAGGGCAUAUAGAACAUUUGUAGGCCUGAUUGAUUGAUUGAUUGAUUGAUUGAUUGAUUAGCACUAUCUAUUUGAACCAUUAAUUUGUUCAAUGGCCCUUGCCAAGUUCAGAUCCCAGUCUCAGUUAUUUAUACAACUGGGGAAAUAAUAAUAAUAUACUAUUUAUACCCUGCCCAUCUGGCUGGGUUUCCCCAGCUACUCUGGGCGGCUUCCGACAAAAUAUUAAAAAUAAAUCAUCAAACAUAAAAAACUUCCCUAAACAGGGCUGCCUUCAGAUGUCUUCUAAAAGUCGGAUAUUUGUUUAUUUCCUUGACAUCUGAUGGGAUGGGAGGGUGUUCCACAGGGCGGGCACUACUACCAAGAAGGCCCUCUGCCUGGUUCCCUGUAACCUCACUUCUCGCAGGAGGGAACCGCCAGAAGGCCCUCAGAGCUGGACCUCAGUGUCCCGGCUGAAUGAUGGGGCUGGAGACGCUCCUUCAGGUAUACUGGGCCGAGGCUGUAUAUAUAACGAUUCACUUCACUUUGCUAUUGCGAUUAUGGUGAUGAGAGCAGCACCUUAACUUAUUAAAGGGCUGAAUAGUAACUCAUGCUUUUGAUGUCUUACUGCCUUUAACACAAAGUUGAUCCCUCUGUUGUGCAUACUUAGCAAACAGCCAGUCGUUUAUUUUAAUUACAGUGGUACCUCGGAUUACAUACGCUUCAGGUUACAUACACUGCUAACCCAGAAAUAAUACCUCAGGUUAAGAACUUUGCUUCAGGAUGAGAACAGAAAUCGUGCUCCGGUGGCGCGAUGGCAGCAGGAGGCCCCAUUAGCUAAAGUGGUGCUUCAGGUUAAGAACACUUUCAGGUUAAGAACGGACCUCCGGAAGGAAUUAAGUACUUAACCCGAGGUACCACUGUAUUUAUAACUGCCUGCAAUAUUUCAUGGAUUUUCUCUGCCUCCUGGUAUCUGUUAGGGGAUCCAUAGCUGUGAGUCACGAUUUCAAAUCAGGAACCUUCACUUGUUUCUUCUCUGUUGGGAAGCUGCACUGGAGAGUCUGCCAUGCAAACUGCCGGUCCAGUCCUGUUCCAUUAAAGAUGAUGGGGGAGAUUUCACUGCAAAACUUGAGCAAAAUGCCUAAUUCAGAUGAACAUUUAUAGGGAUACAAAAAUCCAUAAAUAAGCACUGUUAAGUUCAAUGGGGAAAUUAAUCACAAGCUUUAAAUCUAUGUCCCCAACUUUAAAAGACUUUAAUGGGGUUUUAAAAGACUGGCUUUUGAUUCAAUAAAUUAGGACUAGUAUAUAACCUAGUAAAAUAGUACCUUUGCACAUUUUUUGUUUUGUUUUGUUUCCUGAUACCAUGUUUGCUGUGAACUGAAUUUCUUUUUGUUAAAGCAAAUUCACCCCAAUAACAAGACAAUUCUGCAUAUUGCCCUGUACAUUCACUUCAAUGCCAGGUAUGGGCUGUUUUUCCUAAUAUUGCAGUGAGCGGGGCAGCCCUUUCUUGUGUGGGACUCCAUUGUUUUGUUCCAUUUCAUAGAAGUGUUUUCCCUGCAUCCCUUGUUGGUGCAACAAAUUAUAGUAGAUGGGGGGCAAAAAUGUAUCCACUUCAUUGGCAGAAUUGCAUGUGUUUUCUCAUACCUACCAGCCUUGUGGGAUACUAUUUUGAGUAGUCAUGAAUGAGCAUAUGCAGCUUCUACCAAAUGCAGACUGGAGCCCUGGGCACCCUUGACUUGAGCAGCUCAGAUCAAAGUGAAUUAUACAGUGUAAAGGUUGAAAGCUGCUUGAUACAUCUUUUUUUAUUUCCAGAAAGUUUCUCGAGUAUCAAGGUAGACAAGGAUUUGUGGAAUCUUAACUCUUAUGUAACUUUGAACUUAGCUGAAUCCAAUUAGUGUGUGCUUAAUAAAAACAUUUUAAAUGCAAGAAAGAACAAAUUUCCCCCUGAAUAGUAAAAACAUUACCUACUACAAAGACAACUCUUCAUUAAUAUCUCAAUUCCAUGUCUUAUCUGUUGAGUCCUAAAAAAUAAGUAAGCCUGAAGGGCUAAAUCAUAUUGCAAAUAUUUUAGGAUGUGUUGACUGGUUCUUUAUUUACAAGAUAGUUAUAUGGCUUCAACAUAACUUAUUAAUGCUGAUUAUUAGUUAUAUGUGAGCUCUACUAACUUUUGAAAUAUGAUUUCUGUGUAUUUAUUUGGAGAAUGAUUUGUGACUGAGUGCAUUUGUUACUGGACCAUCUUCCCUAGAGCAGCCCUGUGAUGUCGUUACAUAAAGGAAUUCGAGGCCAACAGUAAGAGCCGGAAGCAUGUAAAUGGAAAAAUCAAGUCAAAUAAUUAAAAUUUAAACAGGCUUUAAUGUUUCUUUGUCUCAUAACCCAGAUUCUUUGGAUGUCUUUUACAAAUAGAAUAAGGGAAUGCCUUGUUGAAUUUCCUAGACAUGUAAAAUGCCAAUACAGUCUCUACCUGAAAUUUUGAUAGAGGGCAAAAUUAUUUUGUGGCUUAUUUUUCUAACUUUGCUCACCCGUUUUCUUGCUAGUUUGUAUUUCACAAGCAAUAUCUUCAAUCACCUGAUGAUUUUUUUUAACUCUAUUAAAAUUUUAUCUUUUUUUUUCUAUUGCAAAUGAGAGAUUCCUCACUUGUGUGUUUCGUUAUACCUGUUUUCUCUUUAUCUUCUGAUUGAUAUCCACAUUCUGUCUUACAGAGACAUGUAACUCAAUCUAGUGGUAACCGAAAAUUCAAGUGCACUGAAUGUGGAAAAGCUUUCAAAUAUAAACAUCACUUAAAGGAACACCUACGAAUCCACAGUGGUAAAUAUCUGAAGUCCUGCUUGUCAGUAUAAAGUGUUGCAUACCACUUGCUAUGUCAAAACUAUACCAAAUUAUAGCCUGCAGCAUAAAUUAUGUGUUUUGGUGUGUUGAACAUAAUUUGUCAGCAAUUAGGUAAGAUAUAGUGAAAGCACAUAAAAUAUGUUAAGGAGGCUCAAUAAAGAAGGUUUACUGUACAUUAUCAAAGCUGUUCUUCGACUGUAUGACCCUUGUUCUGGCUAAAUUGUAAGGUGGCACUAAGUUGUUUCAGCCAUUGGAUAUCCAGUGUUGGUACUGAGAAGUGGUGAUUUUAAAGUUUAUACUUAUUGCUGUUGGGUUGUAUCCAAAGGUAUUUUCCAUUCAUGGGUUAUAAUAAUAAUAAUAAUUUUAUUAUUUAUACCCCGCCCACCUGGCCGGGUUUCCCCAGCCACUCUGUUUUAUACCUUGCACGAGAAAAUACAAAUAACAUCCAAAUAUGAUGUUCAAUCUGUGCAUCAGCUUCUGCAAGCAAAACCACAAAAACUGUUACAGAUCCUACCUGAGAUAAAGUACUGUAUUACCUCUGGAGCAAGCAUUUAUGGAACAGCAAGCGCAGCUAUUUUCUUUUGGCUGGUUAAAUGUUUGGUUCAUGCAGCUAUAGCUGUCAUGUGCCAUCCAUUUCUUGGAUUUUGCCUUUUAAAAAAACUUCUUUUGCCCUUUUCUGGAGCGGGGGCAGGGUGUACAAUGCCAUUUAUUGGUUCAGCUGAACAGAUGAGCUGUUGGACACUUAGAUGAUAUGCAGAUUUUAUAAAUGUGUGAAAUCUUGAUUUUUUUCCCCCAUAGAAAAUGUAGUACAGUCCAGAAAAAAAUAGUGGUGAUUAAAUCCCUACCUUUGGAGAGAAAAUGCAUAGUUAAAUGUUUAAGUACCAUUGAGGGGAUUCAGCGAUAGCUAACAUUCAUUGGAUUGUGCCUUUUGCAUUGUUUUUUGAAGGCUUUGGUGCAAAGUUACUUGAAAGGGUAGUAUAUGUGUGCAUAUGAAUUGGCUUAUCAUUAGUUUUGCAUCUGUAGAUUUUGAGGAGCUGCUGAGCAGAUAAUUGCGCCGGAUCCAAGGUGUCCUUCCACAUGUGGAAAGCACUUUCUGCUGAUGCAAGUUAGAGUGUUGUGCAAAUAAAGUGAAGCUACAUACAAAGUGUUCCAUAUCAUAUGGAAGCAUGAUUGCUGUAGAGCCUACUUUUUUGUAGCAGUGUCUGAGCUCUUGUGCUUGCAGCUAUUAUCCUUCCAGACUCUUUCAAUCCAAGCUAUAAUUUAUUAGUUCAGAUUCCUAGAUUAUAAUGGCUUUUUUCUUUCUUUUUUUUAUACCUCUAUAGGAGAGAAGCCAUAUGAGUGCCCAAACUGCAAGAAACGUUUUUCCCAUUCUGGUUCCUACAGCUCUCACAUAAGCAGUAAGAAAUGUAUUGGUUUGGUGCCUGUGAAUGGCCGGGCACGAUCAGGGCUCAAGACAUCUCAGUGCUCUUCCCCUUCCCUUUCUGCAUCGCCGGGUAGCCCAGCAAGACCACAAGUACGACAAAAGAUAGAGAAUAAGCCGUUACAAGAACAGCUCCCCAUUAACCAAAUUAAAACUGAACCUGUGGAUUAUGAAUUCAAGCCCAUAGUGGUUGCUUCAGGAAUCAACUGUUCAGCCCCUUUGCAAAAUGGGGUUUUUAGUGGUGGUGGCCCGUUACAGGCAACCAGUUCUCCUCAGGGUGUGGUGCAAGCUGUUGUUUUGCCAACCGUUGGUCUGGUGUCUCCAAUAAGUAUCAACUUAAGUGACAUUCAAAAUGUACUUAAAGUUGCCGUUGAUGGCAAUGUAAUAAAACAAGUGUUGGAGAACAGUCACGCCAAUCUUCUUACAUCCAAAGAACAAGAAACAAUCAACACUGCAUCCAUACAGCAAGCUGGACAUUCCCUCAUUUCAGCUAUCAGUCUUCCUUUGGUUGAUCAAGAUGGGACAACCAAAAUUAUCAUCAACUACAGUUUGGAACAACCUAGUCAACUUCAGGUUGUGCCACAGAAUCUGAAAAAAGAAAACCCCACCCCAACAAACAGCUGCAAAAUCGAAAAGUUGCCAGAAGAUCUUAGGGUGAAAUCGGAGAAAGAAAAAAGCUUUGAUGGAGAGACCAAUGAUAGCACUUGCCUUCUUCGUGACGACUGCCCAGGAGAAUCCAAUGCACUUCAAGAAUCAAAGCACUAUGAUAUCAGAAAUCCCACUCAGCCAUCUCAGCUCAGCAGUGCAGAUGCUGAGAAGUCCGAACCCUCUGUUUCACCAGAAACAGGGGAGGCUAAUCUAUCUCCUGGCCAACCCCCUCUAAAAAAUCUUUUAUCCAUUCUAAAAGCCUAUUAUGCAUUAAAUGCACAACCAAGCUCAGAAGAGCUCUCAAAAAUUGCCGACUCGGUAAAUUUGCCAUUGGAUGUAGUAAAAAAGUGGUUUGAAAAAAUGCAAGCUGGCCAAAUUUCUGUACCAUCAUCAGGACCAUCUUCCCCUGAACCUGACAAAUUAAAAAAUUCUGUGGAUAAUGAUGACCGCGCAGGACUGGAAACGGCAAAUGAACACCAGGACGGCACGUCUAAUUCUGAAAGCUCCCUCAAGGUAGAUAAACCGCAGACUGUAUCAACAGGAUCAGCUCAGAAUGGUUCGCGGAGUAACACAGCAUCCCCAUCACCCCUUAACCUCUCUUCAUCUAGAAAUUCACAGGGUUACGUGUACCUUAAUGAAGGUAUCCAGGAAGAGCCACAAAUAGAACCUCUUGACCUUUCACUACCAAAGCAACAUGGAGAAACAUUAGAGCGAUCUACUAUAACUAGUGUUUACCAGAACAGUGCUUAUUCUGUCCAAGAAGAACCAUUGAACUUGACUUGUGCAAAAAAAGAACCGCAAAAGGACAGCAGUAUUACAGACUCUGAACCAGUUGUAAAUGUAAUCCCACCAAGUGCCAAUCCCAUUAAUAUUGCUAUACCUACAGUCACUGCCCAGUUACCUACAAUUGUUGCCAUUGCUGACCAGAACAGUGUUCCAUGCUUACGAGCUCUUGCUGCCAAUAAGCAAACCAUUCUUAUCCCACAGGUAGCUUAUACGUAUUCAACCACCGUUAACCCUACAGUUCAAGAAACACCAAAACAGAUGCAGGCCAAUGGAAGUCAGGUACCUGAACCAAUAUAUGAUUAUGUAUUUUAAUUAAUGAGGCAAACAUAUAAAGUCACAAAAUAAGGUUGGGGGAAUGAAGUGUUCAUUUUGCUAAUAUUAAAUUAUUCUGACUAGCUGCAUCUAGCUAAUACGAGUUAGAAUGAAUUUUCUGUGCAAAUACCUCACACUUAAUGUAAGCAAGGCCUUUCAUUCCAUACGCCAGACACCAUUUAGCUUUACUGUGGACUAGAUGCAGAUGACGACAAGAAUUUGAGUCUGGUAUUGCAAUUUCCUUUUCCAUGUGGCCAUGCCUACACAACGUGACUUAUCAUAGCCUCUACAAUGGUAAUGUUACACACCUUUGACCUGUGUCCAUUAUAUUCUGAGGCACGUUCCAAAAUAUUUUGGGGGGUGUUUUAACAAUCAAUUCCUGCAUUUUCUAAUUAUGUAACCAAAUUCUUAGCCCUUUACUGAAUAUUCUCUAAUUUUGAUCAUUCCUAAAGAAAUGUGCAUGCUACUGCAAAAUACUGAUCUGCCCAAUAAUUGCAUUGUUUCGUGGCUUUUUUAUAUUGUUACAAUUUUCUGGUUACUGCUUGAUUAUAGUGCCAUAUUCCAUCUCCAUCAUUCUCAUUUAGCCCAAUGCCUUUUAGCCUUUUAAUCAGCCAAAUAAGCCAUAUGAUUCUGUUUGCGGGUGUCUAAGAUGUUAUUCCAUGAUGUUGUUGCCAGAGAAGUCAAAGGCAGAGAGUGUGACUGGGUUAUAUCAGGCAUAGGCAAACUCGGCCCUCCAGAUGUUUUGGAAGUACAACUCCCAUCAUCCCUGACCACUGGUCCUGUUAGCUAGGGAUGAUGGGAGUUAUAGUCCCAAAACAUCUGGAGGGCCGAGUUUGCCUAUGCCUGGGUUAUAUAAACUCUAGCCUGGUGAUUAGUCAGGUGUGCUACAGACACCUCAACAAGUGCUGCUCUCCCUAGCAAGGACUCAUCCCAGCUGUAGUUUGGUUACAGGAAACUGUCUGACUGCUGCUAACAUGGAGUCUUCACACAGUCCAGGCAGGAAAAGCCAACCUAGGCGUAAAUGUCUAGUUAUGAGGCAACAGGUGGGGAGGCUUCUACUGCUACAUGAGUGUCUGCUAUGCAGUAAUGCACCUAACAUCCUGGGAGCUAGAUGCAAAUGCUGGCAGGCCAGACACCCAGUCCCCAUAUUCCUUUUUAUGCACAAGCAGCUGUUUGUACCUUGUUCUCCAUAUGUUGUAGGAUGCAACUAAUGUGUGUCACUGGUCUAACUAUUAAAUUACUGAGGGAAAUCAGUUUCUAAGUGACUGAUUACGUAGUGAUCACAUUAUUAUUAAGAUGCAUUGCUAGAAAGUCUCCUUUUUUUAGCUUGUUGAUACCAUUAAUGCUGGAAUUGAAAUGACUUUUGGGGGGUUUCACCUUAACAGUCGAGGAUGAACUUUUAGCACAGGUUCAUUGGCAAUGCAUUAGAAAUAAAUACAGAUAAUUGAGAGUGAAAUUAAACAACACUUAAACGCAUAUAGUACAUUGGAAAAUCAUUUUACUUCUUCAUAACUGGUAUCAAAGUAGUGAAAUCUGGAGCACCUAUACACUACUGCUAAAAACAUUUGAGAAAGCUAAAUGAACACAUUGCCGAAGUGCCUUCUUACAAUUUUUUAGUUUAUAACAUUCUUGCCUUUGAUAUCUCCCUUCUUAACUAUAGAAUAGCUUUCUCUGUUCUACUUGAAAGCCUGAACAUCAGGCAAUUAUUUAACCUAAAUCUUCAUGGCCCCCAAUUAUUAGCAAAACUGGAAUGGUAGGUUCAUAAAAAGAGAGAGAUGUUGCUACAUAAAUGUGGUUGAUAUUUAAAUGAUUUUACCAAAAUGUAAAAAAAUAACUUGAUACUGCCUGUUGUGUUCACUGCAUUUGAGCAGGUGUAAGAAUGUUGUUCCUUGAUUUCUCAGGAUGAAAGACAAGACACUAGCUCAGAAGGUGUAUCAAAUGUAGAGGAUCAGAAUGAUUCGGAUUCCACACCACCGAAGAAGAAGAUGAGAAAGACAGAAAAUGGAAUGUAUGCUUGUGAUUUGUGUGACAAAAUAUUCCAGAAGAGUAGCUCACUCUUGAGACAUAAAUAUGAACACACAGGUAUGUGAACAAGAAGGUACACGGGUUGAGUGUAUUACAUCCAUCCAGAGCCAAAUGUGGUCAUUGGCAACUAGUCAGGCAGAGGUGAGAAUAUGCCUCACCAUUCAUGUAAAAUGGCAUCUCCAGCUUGUCCAAAUUGGGUUCAGAGGAGCAAGAUUGUGCAGAUAAGGUUGCCCAUCCAGAUGUCCAUUUCCAUUGACUGCAGAUACAGAAGGCUGACAAUAUAGCUGCCUUGAUGGAUCAAGACAAGAACAUAACAAGUUGUAUCUAAUUCAUUUAGAUACAGGCGAAUUUUUAAAAAGUGAAUAUGACUACAGUGGUACCUCGGGUUACAUACGCUUCAGGUUACAUAUGCUUCAGGUUACAGACUCCGCUAACCCAGAAAUAUUACCUCAGGUUAAGAAUUUUGCUUCAGGAUGAGAACAGAAAUCGUGCAGCAGCAGCGCAGCGGCAGCAGGAGGCCCAUUGGCUAAAGUGGUGCUUCAGGUUAAGAACAGUUUCAGGUUAAGAACGGACCUCCAGAACGAAUUAAGUACGUAACCAGAGGUACCACUGUAGUGAUAAAACAAGAAAGAAAGUGAUCAGUUAGAUAUAGGUAACACUAGAUGCCAAAGGCCUCUCCCAUCCUCCACUCUUUAAGAGGUUUAUCAGUGGUCAAAGUGUUAGCCAUGUUUAGUUUUGUCUUUGAGUGAAACGGUGAACAAAAUUGUUCAAAAAGACCAAACAAAUCAUGGGACCUCUGAUUGUGUGUGCAGUGAUUGAGUCCCAGCACACACGCCUGGAAGUUAUAUUGUUUUUCCUUUUUCAGGUAAGCGGCCUCAUGAGUGUGGGAUCUGCAAAAAGGCAUUUAAACACAAGCAUCAUUUGAUCGAACACAUGCGACUGCACUCUGGAGAAAAGCCCUACCAAUGUGACAAAUGUGGCAAACGUUUUUCGCACUCGGGGUCCUACUCCCAGCACAUGAAUCAUCGCUACUCCUACUGCAAAAGGGAAGCUGAGGAACGCGACAGCACAGAACAGGAAGAGGCGGCACAGGAGCGGCUAAGUAAUGAGCACGCAGGGCCCGGGGCUUCCCCCUCGCAGCUCGACUCCGAUGAGAGAGAGAGCUUGACGAGGGAGGAAGAGGAAGACAGCGAAAAGGAGGAGGAGGAAGAGGAAGACAAAGAGAUGGAGGAGGAACCGCCAAAAGGAAAAGAAUGUGGGAAAUUACAAGAGGAGGAGGAAGAGGAGGAGGAAGAAGAAGACGAGGAGGAGGAAGACGAAGAGGAGGAAGAGGAGGAAGAAAUAAGUGAAGGUAGCAGGAAGGAUAAGGAAGCUGUAAAUGAAGAAAGCAGUGCUAAACAAGAAGAUAUACAGAAAGAGGAGCCAAUGUCAGAAUCAGCAGCAAAUAAAGCUUAACUGAUGGUGUGGUUUUGUACAAGGCAGAGAAAUCUCGGCUGGCAAUGAAGGUUGUUCUGUACUCUACAUGCUUUUCAUGGAAGCACAGUAGCUUGUGCACUGUGAUUCCUGUUCACUACUGUGUAACAAAAAAGAAAAAAAAACAGAAAAUAUAAAAAAUAUAUAUAUCCAGGUGUGCCUGAACCUCAAACCUAGUAAUUUUUCACACUUUUCAAAGUUAGGAACAAGUUUGUGACCUGAAACAGAUUAGAAGAACAUGGUGACUUUGGAAGCAGAUAUUUAACAUGUUGUAGGAAACAUGUUUUAUUUGAUAUGUGUUGGACAUCAGUUUGUUUUUAUCAGUAUUAAAACAAAAAUCAUUUUUUUUCUUUUUUUUCUUUUUGUUGGUUCAAUUUUUCAACUGUACAAUUGGGAGAGAUUUAUGUUGUUGUCGUUGUUUUGAUUUUAUCAGUGAAACAAUUCUGCUAAUUCCGCUUCAGUAUUUUAUUAUAUUUUUUAAAUGUGAGAACUUCUGCACUACAAGAUUCCCUUAAGCAGAAAGGUAUGAUGCAGUUCCAAACAGUGCUUGACUACCUUUGUAAAUUCAGCUUAGAAGGUAGCAGUUUAAAACAUUUAGAUGUUGUUAGUAGAACAUGUUCUCAUUUAAAGUGUAUUGUUAGCCUUAAGGAAGCAGCUGAUAGAAGAAUUGAAGUUUCUUACUCAUGUGGUUGAAAAUGUAGUUUGAAAAGAUUGUGGUGGGGUUCUGAUUGCAGGGACUAACAGUGUUAAUACUGGUGAGGACAGCCAAGUUGUCAAAAUCAGUGUUUGUAAUUGUGUCUGGAGUAUGUAGUUUAAAAUAUGAAGGAUAUGACAUGAAGCUUUGUAUCUCCUUUGGCCUUAUGCAAGACCUUGUGUGCUGUAAGUGCCAUUUCUCAGUAUUUUAAAGGCUCUGACCGGCCUUUCUCCAAUGUGUGGCCUACAAUAACUAGCAUUUGUUGAUUUAUAUUGAACUUCUAUAAAACAAAAUCAUGGGGGAAGAACACUUAGCCAUCAGAAAAGUAAAAGCACUGGUACAUUUCAUAAUGCAAUUCUUCAGUAUCAUUUUUUCUUUAAUUACCUACUUGGAGAAUUUCUCUAUAGUAAUUACGAAGGGAAAUUUUUAAUUUGUUUUAUUGGUUCACUUAAUUUCAGACGCAUACAUCAUAUGUUAUUGGGCUCAUAAAUGUUUCCAAAUGUUAGUUAUUCUGGACCCCAUUUAUUGACAAUGUUAGCUGAUUUUAACCUAUCAGUAUUAUUUUAUUUCUUUUAGUUUUUAGAUCUGUGCAACAUUUUGUACUGUAUGUUUUCAAACCUGGCAGUAUUAAUACCCUUCUUACUGACAUAUGUACCUUUUUAGUUUUAGAAAACUUUUAUAUUUAUGUGUCUUAUUUUUAUAUUUCUUUAUUUAUUACACAGUGUAGUGUAUAAUACUGUAGUUUGUAUUAAUACAAUAAUAUAUUUUAGUAUGAAAAUUUGGAAAGUUGAUAAGAUUUAAAGUAGAGAUGCAAUUGGUUCUCUUGCAUUGAGAUUUGAUUUAACAGUGUUAUGUUAACAUUUAUACUUGCCUUGGACUGUAGAAGAGAAGAAUUAAAACGGGAAUGUAUCAAUUUUACAAUCGCAAUCAAUUCAUUUUACCUUUUCCCAGUUUUUAAUAUAAAGCUCUUAAAUUUUGAAAUUCACUGUAUGACUAAUAGCAUGAUGCUCUGCCGUUUUAUUAAGAGUUUAGCCUAACCAUAAAACACUCAUUUCCUUAGCUAAGCCAAGAUAGAAUAAUCUUCUAAACAGUGUUGGGAACAAUGUUUAACAUUUCUGUGCCAAUUUGUUCCUGUAUUCAUGUAUGUGAGUUACAAAUCUGAAACUUUUUUUUUUUAAGUUCCUUGUUACAUCAUGGUCAUUUUCUAGUUUUCUACCAGACUCCCCAUCUCACAAUAAAAAGCGUCAACAAGCCUGAUUUACUGUCAUUAUUGCAGAAAUAAAAGCAAGGAGAGGGUUGUUUGGCACAUUCCCGUGGGACAUCACUGAGGCUGCAUGUGCCCUGUUUCUUUCACAAGAGCAACUGAAAUGACUUCCCCCUCAGUUGUAGAACUGAUAGUUAGGUGCAAAUGUAAUGGGAGAAACAGGGAAGCAAGAACUUUUAUUGUGAAAAAAAAAGUAACUUUACUAAGCUUCACGGCCGAGAGAAAUUUUUGCAUUCCUCCCCCUUUGUUGCUAUGCUCCCAUUCUUUCGCAUUCUAAAUUUUCGAAAUUGCUGCUGUGUUGGGGGUUGGGAAUCCUUACCAGCAUUAGCCAACAGAUGCUCUCAACAGAAAAACAAAAGCAUGCACUCUAUCUACAGCAGCAGUAUCUGACAUGCUUCUGGAAGCUUGCUUUCCUUUGUCCUGGGGACAACUUUGAAGCACCACAAAAACCCGAGAUGAUAACUGGACUGGAGACCAUGGCAGCAUGUAGAAAUGAAUGUGUGUUUACCGUAACCACCUGUGACCGAUCUCCAGUGCAUCCCUGAAAAUCUGUUGCCUAUGUACUGCUUCAGACUUUGCUUAGGUGCAGAUAACCACUUUGAGCUUGGUGGGGAAACAAGUCUGUUAGAAGAAGCAUAUGUUGUAUGUAGGCAAAUGGAUUACUUGAGUGGUUUAGUGAGUUUUCUGAGGUCAGCAACUAAAGUGGAAGCAACUAGGAAACUGCUCCUUAUAGAGUUGUUCCUUGGUUUCUAGAUCAGCAGGAAGGACUAGGUAGCACCUUGCUAAAUUAUAAUUUUUGUUUUCUUGUUUGAUCCGCCUGCUGCAAAAUACCAUUGAGCUCUUUUGAAAGGAAAUGAGCUAAUGUCCCUGCUGUAUGCAUUUUUUAAAAAUUGGAAGAUUUCCUUUUUACCUUUUUUUAAAAUGGUCAAAAUCAUUCCAUACAUCAAAAGGAAAAAAUACUAUUAGUUCAUUGUUUUCUACACAAAAGUAUUUUCAUAGUGAGCAUCAUGUACUUCAUUUCAUGCCACUAUACCACUAACAUACAUACAUAUGUUGUUCUGUUCCUGCAUAAGAGCAUUUAUUUUUAACAUCAUGCAAGAUAUGUGCUCCCAAUGAGAUAGGAGUUAAUGGCUGCUUAACUAAUCUACUCACUGAAGUAAAAAGUUGAGGCUCUUCUCCUUGGACAUAAUCAUGAAAUUAGUAUCUCAACAAUAAACAAAGGUAAAUUGGCAUUGAAUGUGUUUGGAACAUAAUGUGAGAAUGUAUUAAAGGCUUCUUAACCAAAGUUAAAUUUGUAUUUCAUGUAACUGCAUUUUAUCUUCUAUAUAUGUUCUGAAAAUGCUUUUUCAAAACCUCUUAAUGCCUCAUUUUAAAAUUUCUACCCCCAUUACUUGUCCUUUUUUGUCCUCUUUUUCUAGAAAUGCUGACUUGGGAAAUGCAAAAUAAAUAAGUUAUGAACCUGGAAAUAUUUCUAAAAAUAGAGGGGGGAAUCCAGAUAAAGUUUUCUACUUAAGGCUGUAGUCUUGUGCACAUUUAUCUGGAAGUUAGGCCCUUUGAACACAACAGGGCUUACUUCUGAGUAAGCACGAUUAGGCUGUUCUGCAGGUCUCCAACCAUGUGCACACAUUCUUAUUUAUUAUGGUACUUAUUCAUAAACUAUACACCACUUGAUUUGUAACAAAAAAACCCCGCAAAACAGUUUAC